UGGUGUUCCUUUUAACAUUGCUAGUUAUGCAUUACUGACCUAUAUGAUAUGCCAUGUGACUGGUUAUAAACCUGGAGAUUUUGUACAUACUAUGGGUGAUGCACAUGUGUACUCCAAUCAUGUUGAACCAUUGAAACAACAGAUCCAGCGAACACCACGACCCUUCCCUAAACUACACAUCAAGAGGAAAAUUGAAAAUAUUGAUGAUUUCCGAUAUGAAGAUUUUGAAUUGGAAGGUUACUCUCCCCAUCCUAAAAUACCAAUGGAUAUGGCUGUUUGAAGUGUACUUCUCUUUU